UAAUAAUACGAAGAAGCAUUUUUUACAAACGGACUAAAAGAAACAAAAUUUUUGUAUUUUUUCUUAUAUACUCCAAGCAAUCGUGAAAUUGGUGUGCGAACGUUUACAGAAAAGAACUCUUAGAAUUAAAAAAGCAAUCAUUAAAUUAUUUGGUGUUUUCAAAAGAAAAAAUAAGCAUUCAUUAUAAAUAAAAAUAUAAUAAGUGGGAAAGAGAGGCAGAGAUAGUGCGUGCGUAACAAAAAAUAUUCAAUCGUGAUGUCAUAUGCAAAAAGAACAAAAAGGCAUUUCAUAUAUUAAAAACAGCUGUUUGAGGUGUUUAAGAGCAUAUUUAUAUUUUUGCAAUCCAUUCAUCAUACUAACUUGCCUUGCGAAGUAGUUGCAUGCAAUUAGUUAGGAUUGUUGUUUGGCUUCAAGUCGGCUUAAUUAGACAUAUAAUGUAUUAAAAAUUGUAUGAAAGUUCCUUUCCCUAGGUUUAUUAUACCCGUUAGCUAAAAGCCGAAUAUCUUUUAAAACUCAAUAUAACAUAUAUCCGUGGACAUUCCUGAAGUUCGAAAUCAUGAAUCGUUCCGAUUCAAUAAGGCGUGAUCGUUCAUUUGAUAGCGUUUUAAAUAAGUUAAUGCGCAUACGUAACCAGAACCAUGAAAGCUUCAAAGCGGCUAUGUACAAUUUUCUUAUAGCUGCUGGUGUAGCAGCUUUUGUAGCGGUUUGUUUAAUUUUGGGUCCAUUCGUACGACCACUACUAUGGGCUUUUCUCAUGGGGGCUGUGCUCUUUCCCUUUAAACGGCGUUUAGCUCAGCUGCUGCACAGUUGGUUUGAGAAGUUAGAAGAGCGCGAUUCAAACGUUUUUGUAGCCUUUUGUUUGGCGCCACUGGAGACUACCGAAAGUUGUGGUGAAAUAUUUGUGAGUUGGUUAAUCGAACAUUGGCAAAUAUUAACAGCCGGUGUGGGCAUCGCGGCCAGCGUUAAAUUAUUAGUUCUGUACGCCCCUAAGGGUUUCCUAUGUGCUACCUGGCGUUUAAUAGUUUUUUCUCAUACAGUAUUUGUACAACUAAUUGGUUACUUAAACAUAUAUCUAUUGGUAGCCAUUAUUGCAGCGUAUCUUAGUUCGGUGUAUUUAUUUUGGAAACCGUCAAAUAGUGCUCGCUUUGUUAUGGCCGGUCAAAGCUUAUGGCUAGCGGUUGUUAGUUAUGGAUGCAGCUUCCUGGGUGCGAUGCAAGUGCCUGCUUUUCUUUUGAUUAUGUGUUACGUCGGAGCUUCCAUAAUUUAUCACUUGCGCUGCACUGAAGGUUCUAGCUCGUUGGCAGAAAAGUUUACCAAAUUAUUGGAUAAAACCGACUUUGAGAAAUCGAUUAAUUCCUUGAAGCGUAUUAAUACACCCAUACUACAUUCUGACAUCGAAGAUAUAUCUUUAAGUGAAACGAUUGACUCUGUGGAAACAUUAGGAACUUACGAUCUCAAAGAGGAUAGAAUAUUAGAAGACCAGCAUUUAAGCAGCAUUUAUUUUAAGUUUUUAUUUUAUGCCUGUUUGGCUACGUUUUUGUAUCGCAAUAUUUGGAUGAUUUUUAUGGCUGCAAUUCCCAUUUUCAUCCAUUUGCUAUUCACGCUAAGUAAAUAUACAGGUUUUACGGAUUUUGUUAAUAAGAAAAUCUAUGACGUUUAUAGUGAGAUUAAGUGCUGGGCUAUCGACCAUCAUUCUGCGGUUUUGCCGUUAUGUUUGCCUGGGAUUUUAGAAUUAAAUUAUGAAAUAAAUACAAUUAUACGUAAUGGUCUUAAAUCUUCCGUAGAUUUGGUGACUUCGAUAUUGAUGAUCAUUUUAAUGUUAUUGAUUAUUGUUUUCCUGAGCGUGUUCUUCUGUGUCAAUAUCUACUCCGAGACCAUAGAAGUGGCAUAUCUGGGCAAAGAUCUUAUUAAUAAAACUAUAACCGAUCGUCCUGAAUUAAUUGACAUAUUGCCGGCCAAUAUGCAAGCAUCUAUCGAUGAUGCUUUGGAUAAUGCCCACACAGCUGGACGACGAAAAAUUGAAACCUAUAUUGAUGAUUGGCUUACUGAAGCUGAUCCAGUGCAUGCUACCAAAUUGAAAGAUCAAAUUCUGGAAGUUUGGGAUCGUUUAAUACAAUAUUGGAUAGAUUUUAAUAAAUCCGAUUCGUAUGGUCCUCGAGUACCGACUGAUGCUUUAAAAACGACAUUUGGAGAAAUUGUUGAUAAUCCGGGACAUUUUAAAGAGCUAGUUUUAGUGGCCAAACAGGGAAUUAUUGGAUGGGCGCAAAGUAAUACGCAAACUAUACUGGAAGUAGCCGAAUCAUUAUGGCAUAUUAUACGUACUAACUUAUCGAUGAUAAUGACCUUUACCGGAGAAAUUCUAUCAUUAGUGCUAUCAGGUGGUCAAGCUUGUGUAGAAUUUAUAUUGGACAUGAUUGUUUUCUUUACCGCAUUAUUUUAUCUAUUGGCAAGCAGUAAUAGUAAAUAUGCUCCUUUACAUGUAACAAAAUAUUUGGGUUUCUCUUCUUCGGGCUCGAAAAUUGCUGAAGCGUUAGAGAAUUCUAUCUCUGGAGUAUUGAUAUCAAUGUUUAAAUGUUCAAUAUUUACGGGUCUCUUCACCUGGCUGGUACAUACGGUUUUUGGAGCAAGAAUUGUAUUUUUACCUUCCGCUUUGGCGGCUAUAUUGUCGGCGGCGCCUUUCUUAGGCAGUUAUUGGUGUUCUUUGCCGGCUUUAUUGGAAUUAUGGUUAGCACAGGAUCGUUUAUAUGCCGGCAUUAUAUUAUUUUUGCUGCAAUUUUUUGUGCCACCAUAUUUCGAGGCCGCCAUUUAUGCUGAAAUGAAAGGUGGCGGUCACCCGUAUUUGACCGGUUUAGCUAUAGCAGGCGGCACCUAUUGGAUUGGUUGGCAGGGCGCCAUAUUCGGCCCUUUAAUGUUAUGUUUCUUUAUUGGUAUAUUCGAGGUAGCUGCUGUUACUAUGCGUGACGAACCCAGACGUAGCUCUGACGAAGAUACACGUACAACGUGAGUUUGCUUCUUCCAUUAAUCCUAGGAUUUUUAUAAAUAUUACAAAUAGUAAAAUUGGCUAAAUAAAUGCUAGAAUAACGUCAUUUUAAGCUAAUUUACUUACUAACAUAAAGAAAUAUUUUACAAAAGCAAAUGCGUUUAGUAAAAAGUUCAAUUGAAAUCUCAUCUAAAAUUCAAUAAUUCAAUUUCCGUCAUUAUCAUUAAUUUUUCUUCCUUUAAGUCGAGACAUUUUCACUUUGAAAGCUUUUCAUUUUCAAAUUUAUUUAAUU